AUGAUAGGCGUGGCGUGCACGCAGAGCGCCGGCGCGCCAGGUGGUGGCGGUGGUACAGAGCUCUAUCUGUGCGCCAGCGUGGACUCUCAUGGCAGUGGCAGACUUCUUCAUCAGGCCCCUGCCCCCAGCUGGCCGAGCUUCGGGAUAGAGCCCACUGACCCCAGAACAGGCUCCAGUCCCAGGACCAAGCUGCGUGCAGUCAUACUAGACCCAGAGGUGGUGUUUGUGGCUAACCUGAUGAGAGCCGACGCUCCGGCCCUGGUUACCUCCUUCCAAUGUGACUUCAGUCUGAUGCUAGAGCCUGGGGGAGGGCCCGGGGCCCCUGGGGGACAAAGCAUGACGGCCAACCUCAGAGAGCUCAAAGUUCUAGCCUGUCCCUUCAUCAGGACCAAUGAGACCAAGGUGGUCACUACGGUGCUACGUCCGUGUUCUGUCUUCCUGGAAACCAAAACCCACCCCAACCAACCCCUUUCCGGCUGUGUGACUGUGGAGGAAGUCAUUAUCAAAAUCUCCCCUGUCAUCCUGAACACAGUGAUGACCAUCACGGCAGCCAUGACGGCGAAACCCAAAGACGAGGCAGCAGAGGAGGAGAAGACCGAGGUCGGCAACCUGUGGUCCACCAUGAACAUCUACGCCUGCAACUACUGGUUCCUGGGAGUGGACUCUGCCAGCGAGGUGACGGAGAGUUUCAGUGACCAGGACGGCCGUAACUUUGGGGAGAGUUUCAAGGUGGAUGUGAAGGUUAUUCAGGUGACCAUGGAGUCUGGUCUGGGCCACAGGACGGUCCCCCUGCUGCUGGCUGAGAGCUCUCUGUCUGGGACGGCCAAGAACUGGUCCUCCCUCCUCUACCUCUGCUCUGACAUGACCCUGGAGGUGAACUACUUCAAUGAGACCCAUGCUGUCUGGGAACCGCUGAUAGAGAGAGUGGAGGACGGCAAACGCAGGUGGAACCUCAAGCUAGAGAUGAAGAACAACCCCGUGCAGGAUAAGAGCCCUGUUCCCGGGGAUGACUUCGUGGUUCUCCCCGAGCCACGCACCGCCAUCAACAUCUGUUCCAAAGACACCAUGAACAUCACCGUCUCUAAGUGCUGCCUCAAUGUAUUAACCAACCUGGCCAAGGCAUUCUCUGAGGGCACAGCCUCUACCUUUGACCACAGUCUGAAGGAGAAGGCCCCCUUCACCAUCCGUAAUGCGCUGGGCAUCCCUCUCACCGUGCAGCACAGUGCCAACCUGCGGGUGGUGGCCUCCCCUGGGCAGGGCAAGCUCCACGAGGUGGGGGUAGGGCAGAGCGUGGACCUGGAGUACUCUGGGUCGGGAACCUCGACACGGGGCAAACUGUCUGCUUUGCAACGCCAGGAGAGCUGCCUCUUCAACCUCAGCAUCGCUCCUACAGGUUACAGUGAGAUCUCCAACAUGGCGGUGGAUCAGCCUGGCAGGAGGCUGUAUAACGUUAGAGAUCCCGUGCUGCAGGAGAACGUGUCUGUGUUGGUACAGAUUGACGCCUCAGAAGGAAACAAGGUCAUCACCGUCCGAUCUCCGCUACAGAUCCAGAACCAUUUCUCAGUGCCGUUUACCAUCCUGAAGUAUUGUCCCAAAUCCAGAGGGAUGGUUAAUAUAGGACUGGCAGAGCCCGAGAAAGAGUCUGAUGUAGCCCUGGACUCCUACAGGUGUCAGCUCUUCCUCCAGCCAGCUGGGCACCUGGAGGGCCAGUACGGCCCGUCGUCUACCUGUAUCGCCUGGAAGGAGCAGGUCCACCUGAGCUCUGAGGUGCGGUCCCUUCUCCAGUGUCCGUCGGCAGACAGCAGCUUCCUGCCCCUCCAGGUGACCACCUUGGCCACACCAGAUCACCUGUCCUUCAUUUCCUCCCAGCGAGAGGACGACUGGGACCCUGCCUACGUCAUCCACCUUCACCCAGCUGUGACCCUCCGGAACCUGCUGCCUUACAGCAUCAGAUAUCUACUGGAGGGCUCAGCAGAGUUCCAUGAGCUCCAGGAAGGCAGCACGGCAGACGUCCUGAACGCCCGUAUAGGAGGUGAGAUCAUGGAGAUGGUCCUGGUUAAAUACCAGGGUCGGAACUGGUCCGGACGUAUCCGUAUCGCCCAGGACAUGCAGGAGUUCUUCCCCGUGUGCUUCACCUGCGACUCGGCCGAGAAGCUGAGCGUGGAUCUGAGCGUGCAUGUGGCGCGGCUGCAUGGACGUCUGACGCUGGCUGUGUUCAGCCCGUACUGGAUCGUCAAUAAGACGUCCAGGGUUCUGCAGUACCGCGCGGAGGACGUCUCCGUCAAACACGCGUCGGACUUCAGGGACGUCGUCCUCUUCUCCUUCAAGAAAAAGAACAUCUUCAGCAAGAACAAGCUGCAGCUCUGUGUGUCCACCAGUUCCUGGUCUGAUGGCUUCUCAUUGGAUACGGUGGGGAGUUAUGGGUGUGUCAGAUGCCCUGCCAACACCAUGGACUAUCUGGUUGGCGUCAGCAUUCAGAUGAGUAGUUUCAACCUGACCAAGAUGGUGACCAUGAGUCCGUUCUUCACGUUGGUCAACAAGUCUUCCUACGAGCUGGAGGUGGGAGAGGUGCAGACAGAGGAGGGCAGCGUCAACGGGAAGUGGCACUACAUCUCCUCUACAGAGUGCCUCCCCCUCUGGCCAGAGUUGAUCACAGGGAAGCUGUGUGUCAGGGUCGUGGGCUCAGACUCCAAGUCCAAGUCCUUCUUCUUCAACAAACAGGACAACGGCACCUGCUGCUGGGCAUGGAUCAGUAUGGACCUCUCUUCCUGUCUGUGUGUAUGGAGGUGUGAUGUGAACAUCUCAGACAACUCUACUGUGAUCAGCUUCACUGACUAUUAUGAUGGAGCUGCUCCAGCUCUCCUAGUCAACCACACACCCUGGGUUGUCAUCACCUACAGACAGAGCGGUUCCACAGAGAGCAGAGCGCUGAAUCCAGGAGAAGCCCAGAGGUUUGCCUGGGACAACCCUGCAGGGGUCCGCAAACUCAGCUGGAAGUGUCAGGAGCACAGCAGUGGAGACCUGGACCUGGUUAAGGAUGAGUGUGGUCAGUUUGCGUACGACGGUCUAUCCCAGGUCCACUGGGUGUCCUUCCUGGAUGGUCGCCAGCGCGUGCUGCUCUUCACCGAGGACGUUGCCGUGGUGACCAAGGCGCGGCAGGCGGAGGAGCUGGAGCAGUUCCAACAGGAAGUGAACGUGUCACUGCAGAACCUUGGCCUGUCACUCGUCAACAACGACAACCGCCAGGAGAUCGCAUAUGUCGGCAUCACCAGCUCUGGUGUGGUGUGGGAGAUGAGACCUAAGAGCCGAUGGAAGCCUUUCAACCAGAGGAACAUCAGGCUGUUGGAGAAGGCCUACCAGAAACACCUGGCUGGAGGCACACCUGAGCCCGGCUGGGUCAAACUGGAGACCAGCUUAGAGGUGAACUUUGGGAAGGUUCCCAUGGUGAUGCGUCAGCCCUUUUCCAGUACUAUCAGGAGGAACUUCCUGUCUGGGAUUCAGGUGGAGUUUAAACAGUCGCCUCAUCAGAGAAGUCUCCGGGCCCAGCUACACUGGCUACAGGUGGACAACCAGCUGACUGGAGCUUUAUUCCCCAUUGUGUUCCACCCUGUUCCUCCUCCAAAGUCCAUCGCUCUGGACUCAGAACCAAAGCCUUUUAUGGACGUCAGCAUCAUCACCAGGUUUAACCAACACAGUCAGGUCACGCAGUUCAAGUACUUCAUGGUUCUGGUCCAGGAGAUGGCUGUGAAGAUUGACCAGGGAUUCCUGGGAGCCAUCUUGGCCUUGUUCACCCCAGCUGCCGAAUCGCAUGUGGACAAACAGAAGACCAAGCUGAUAGAGAAGGACUUGGCGAUGUUACAGGCUGAAUUGAUGGAGGCGUCCAUGACCGACAACUCAGGCCUCAGCUUCUUUGAAUACUUCCACAUCUCCCCCAUCAAACUACACCUCAGUCUGUCUCUGGGCUCUAGUGGAGACGAGUCUGGUCAACAGGAGAUGAUGGCCAUCCAGUCAGUCAACCUUCUGUUGAAGAGUCUUGGAGGCGACACUGACCGACGUAGAUGACCUCAUCUUCAAACUUGCCUACUAUGAGGUAAACUACCAGUUCUACAGGACAGAGAAGCUGAUGUGGGCUGUGAUUAGACAUUACAGUGAGCAGUUCCUGAAACAGAUGUAUGUGUUGGUGCUGGGCCUGGAUGUCCUGGGGAACCCGUUCGGCCUGAUCAGAGGCCUGUCUGAAGGAGUGGAGGCCUUCUUCUACGAGCCCUUCCAGGGAGCGGUUCAGGGACCUGAGGA